UGUUCUUUUGCAGUGAAUAAUCAGUAAAAGUGCCGCCACUUGCAUAGGAUUCUGUUUCAUCCAAGAUCAUGGAAACGCCCUCUGCCACCCGCCGGCGCAUCCAGAAACAAGUGAUGAAGGUGUCCGGUAUAUGCUUGGGCGCCAUCAACAUGGGUUUGAUGUUAGUGUGGCCCAGCGUAGCCUUCACAGACUUGCAGCGGAAAAAUACUACAAUAUACGGGAACAGCAUUACACUCUCUGAUACCCAAAUGGAUUUGAUCGGAAGUAUUUUGCCGGCUGGAAGUUUCUUCGGCACCCUGGCUGGUGGGUAUGUGGUUGCUCGGAUCGGCCGUCGCAGGUCCAUGCUGUGGCUGACAGUGCCCAGUAUACUUGCAUGGGUCAUCCUGGCGCUGUCAUACAGUCUGAUUAUGAUACUCAUUGGCAGAUUUGUGAAUGGAUUAUACUGCGGUGUGAUGGUGGUGGUAGGGUCGGCGUAUGUUGUGGAACUCCCAGACACAGCUGUGCGAGGUGCCUUGGCUGCGUUUCCGACACUUUUCCUCCAGCUUGGAUACAUCAUCGUCCUGGUCUCUGGUUUGGGACUCAGAUGGUAUCAAAUCUCCUUCGUCGGCAUUGGCACGAGCAUCAUGACUGUGGUUGCAAUGCUGUUCAUCCCAGAGAGUCCCAGUUACCUCAUCGCCACUGGCCAGGAGAGCGAGGCGAGAGAAGUACUCACAUCCCUCAGAGGCGUUCAUGCAAACAUUGAGGAUGAAAUAAACUAUCUACGAACCAAGAAUAUUGAUUUAGAAGGCUUGUCCUUUCUCAAGAUCCUCAAAAUACCAGACAUAAGAAAGCCUUUGAUUAUGGUAUUGGUUCUAUUUUUUAUACAUAACUUCUGCGGUAUACAAGUUUUUACCACAAAUAUGACUCGUAUCUUCCAUGAAUCAGGAACAGAGCUGGACGAAACUACCUCCACACUGAUUGUAUUCCUAACGCUACUGCUUGGGAAUACUGUCUCAAUUUUCACCAUCAAUUAUAUUGGAAGACGUAACUCCUUGGUAAUAUCCCUGACCAUUCUUGUUGUCAGUUUGGUGAUAUUUGGAUCAUAUGCACACAACAUAGAUUCUGAAAAAGCGGCAAGAGUUGAAGAAAUCAUGGUAAAUGCAUCACCAUUGUUAACGUCGUAUUCCAAAAACGUGAAAGAUGAAAGUAAUUUAAUUGAACUUCGUCCUCUUUGUGGCAAAAUCACUUCUGAAAUCGUUACCAAGGCUUCUAUGCAUAAAAGAGACGAGUCAACGUUUGAAGAGCUAAACGAGACAUUGAUGGCAAAGUCCUUUGCAAGAAGGCAUACUUGGGUGCCUGUUACUUGUCUUCUGGUGUUCAUGGCAGGGGCCAGUCUGGGUAUCGCUCAAGUGCCAUUCAUCCUCAACAGCGAGUACUUUCCUACAACCAUCAGAGCUCAGGCUUCCAGCAUUUGCUUGAUGGCGAGUAAUCUCCUCAAUGUCCUGGCGCUGCAGCUCUUCACCCCAAUCCAAGCAGCCCUCACACCAGCAGGUUUUUACUGGUUUACUGCAGGCAUUUGCACCUUCGGUAUCAUAUUUUCAUUUGCCUUCAUCAUUGAAACGAAAGACAAAGCCAUUGGAUAGAAAAUGGAGCCUGUCUUUUGUCUCACCUCUGUAGAUUUACUGACAAUUGUACAUGGAUGUUGACUAAUAUAUGGGCAUGUGAACUUUCAUACGCAUUUGCUAUAGGAUUAUAGGUUGGGUGGAUUAUCUUUACACAAAUCAUUCUUGUCUAUAGCUUGAGUAUUCUGGCAGUACGUGCAAGAUUAAGAAGAAACCACAAAUCAUGCUUUAAUUGUGAAAUAUCAGCCAAUGUUGAAAACUAGAUUGGCACAGCAGAAACACUCAUACAGCAGAAGUACGCAGUCACUACCUGGAUCUACUGCUUCCCUCCAAGAUGAUGAUGCAUGAUAUAUAGUCAGACGCUGUUCAAGAGGUAUAUAAUGGAAAUAAUUGUAUAAUUAAAUCAGUUUGAAAAUGCAUGAUUUUUAACUUACUUUAGAAAAAGGCUCGUAAACAUUUAUUGUAAUGCUUAAAUUCUACCGAUUUCGUAUCUCGAUAUAGGGAUUUUGAGGGUGAAUCUAGCGUGCCUGGGAAAAUGUCGAUGGCAACAUUGCGAGUAUCGACGGUCUCAGGGGAUGCGGUGACUGGUGAUGGUGUAUUGCUGAUUUAUUUAUCCUUGAUUUUGGCUGAUCCUGACGGUUAAACAGACCAGGGCUGCUUUUAUCUGGUGGCAAGGAGUUGGCUGGUGGCAGAAUGCGCUGAAGAUCAGGCGGCACUCACAGAGAUCCAGAAAGGGUAAUUUUCUUGAUGAGAAAGAGACAGGUCAUUUCACCCUCACUAUACAGUCAUUGGUUACAAGUGGUUACAAGUGAUUAUGGAUGGUUACAAGAAAUGGGAGAGGAGUGCUGAUGACAAUUAACAGAUUAUUGUGUAAGAUUUUACGUUAAGUUGCGAGCCUCUCUCAUCUAGGGACACCCAUGGGGCAGGUAGGUGUCUCUUAACUGUGGGCUCGGAGUGAAGGAUAACUUGCUAAUUGAUGCGUGAGUGAUUAUUGAUAAUCUUGCUGAGUUGAGAAUUGAUGAAGUGAUGUUCACACGAUAGACGUAACUGUUGAAUUGGUGUGCGUCCGUGACUAUCAGCUUGUGCUUCUUUCUUGUGCUUGUUGGCUGUGGUUAGUACGAGUAUGGUGGCAAUGGGUUGUGAACUACCACUGCUCAUUACAUUAACAACUGAUCAUUUAUUGUCCAAGGACUGUAUGUAUAACGGUGAUUAAAAUUAGCGUGUUGUACUGUAUAUAGGCAUAAGUAUUCAUAUGAGAGAUGGAUUUCUGUUAUUGACAGUACUUAGAGUACAGUACGUACGUAUUGUAUAUGUACAGUACAUACGCACAUGUAGUAUAGUACAGUACAGUAAGGUUGGGCUUGAUAUUACAUACAGCCACCCAACUGCUCAUCGCGUUGUGGCUGCGGCUGUGGCUGCUGUAACAACUGAUACUAUUAGUAGUGCUACCACUGUAAUAUACAUAAUAUAACUACUAUUAACUAGUACUUUACCAGUUUUUCAUUCGCAAACU